UGCUAGACUGCUAAAGUGGAAUUAAAACACUUCAAAGAAUGCCUGCCUCUUUGUUUUGAGAGUAUCAAUAGUGUUUUCAUGGUGUCUGCACUGUGGAAAUUUUUCCUCUCCUUACCCAGGAACUAGAGCCAUGCAUCUUCAUGGCACCCCAGUGCUCCCAGUCCCAAGCCCACUAGGCUUUUAAUGUGCUUGGAAGUGACUGAGAAGCCCCUAUAUUCCCCAGGGGUAGAUUUCUGGUGUCCGGUGAGCGCCCACAACCCAGUGGGCUCCCAGCUGAGCGGGGGGCGGAGCCAGCGGAGGGGCGGAAGCCUCCCAGCAGGCCGUGCCUGCGGGGUGUGGAGCCGGCGGGAUGCCCCUAGUGGAGCCAUGAGCUGGACCUGCCCGCGUUGCCAGCAACCUGUUUACUUUGCUGAGAAAGUGAGCUCCCUCGGCAAAAACUGGCACCGCUUCUGCCUGAAAUGUGAGCGCUGCCACUGCGUCUUGUCCCCUGGCGGGCAUGCAGAGCAUAAUGGAAGGCCAUACUGUCACAAGCCAUGCUAUGGGGCUCUCUUUGGACCCAGAGGAGUCAACAUUGGUGGUGUGGGCUGCUAUCUCUACAACCCCCCCACUCCCUCCCCUGCCAGCAGUACACUCCUCAGCCCCAGCAACUUCAGCCCCCCCAGGCCAAGGACUGGCCUUCCCCAUGGCAAGAAAAGCCCUCCCCACUUGAAGACAUUCACUGGGGAGACCUCGCUGUGCCCUGGCUGUGGGGAGCCUGUUUAUUUUGCUGAGAAGGUGAUGUCUUUGGGCAGAAAUUGGCACCGACCCUGCCUGAGGUGCCAGCGUUGCAGGAAGACCCUGACUGCUGGGAGUCAUGCUGAGCAUGAUGGUGUCCCCUACUGCCACAUCCCUUGCUACGGCUACCUGUUUGGUCCCAAAGGGGUGAACAUUGGCGAUGUGGGCUGCUACAUCUAUGAUCCAGUGGAGAUAAAGUCCAAAUGAGCCGCUCUGGAGAGAGGUCACCCUACCUCAAAAGCUUCCCACCACCC